AUGGCGCUCGACGUCGCGUCGCGAUGCGUCGCGAAUCUCCGUCGCGUCGACGCGCGCCGGCGAUUCCCGCGUCGACGCGCCGUCGCGUCGUCCUCCGCGCGCGAUCUGCUCGACGCGAUCGCGCGCGAGGCGGACGACGACGCGAUUCGCGCGCGCGUCGACGAACUCACCGAAACGUUCGAGCUCGACCGCGCGUUCGGUGGCGACGGCGACGCCGUCGCGGCGGCGCUGCACGGGACGUGGAGACUCGCGCACGCGUCGAAGAGCGCGUUCGAUCCGCGCGCGCCGCUGGGGAGACGGACGGACGCGACGACGCCGGGAUUGGAGGCGGCGUUCGCGACGCUCUUCGACGACGCGAACGCGAGCGGGAGCGGGAGCGGGAGCGCGAACGCGAGCGGGAGCUCGUCGCCGAUUCAGCGCGCGGUGCUGUCGAAACUCAGCGAUGGUGGGUUCGCGGUGCGACAGGGGGUGCGAUUGCGCGGCGAGGCGCGAAAACGUCGAGUCGACCAGGCGGUGUGCUUCGGCGACGGAUACGGAUGGUUUCGGCUGAGCGCGAACGCGCGCCUGGACGCGCGCGAGGGGAGGAUCGAUUACGGGUUCGAUUUAGCGUACGUGGACCUGAAGAAACCGAUCGCGGUGCGAGUGCCGUAUCCGGUGCCGUUCAGGUUGCUCGGGAAGGAGGCGAUGGGGUACCUGACGUGCGAUUACGUCGGCGACGGCGUGCGCGUGUGCACGGGGAACAAGGGCACGACGUUCGUCUUCGUCAAGGAAGACGACGACGCGCUUCCGUACGCGAACGAAUUCUACGACUAG